AUGAAAUAAAGACCAACCACUGCGAAAGUUCCAAAAACUAUUGAUUAAAGGGAAAUACAAUAGCUACAUGAUUUAGAUAGUAAUUUAGUUGUUAGAAUCUAGGUCAUUAAUAUUAAUUAAUUGGUAGUAAUCUUUCUCAAUUUACAAUUUUGAAUGAAUUGGGAAAGGGUUCCUAUGGAGUGGUUUAUAAGGUGAAAUCUAGUAUGGAUGGAAAUACCUAUGUUCUUAAGAAGAUUAAUCUAACUCAUCUGAAGCCUAAACAUCAAGGUAUGUGUGUUUCAUAUUAAAAGCUGAGGCACUCAAAGAGGCAUAACUUCUGAGGAAACUGAAACAUCCAAAUAUUAUCACAUAUUAUAUGAGUUUUAUUGAGCAAGACAAUCUUUGUAUCAUUAUGGAAUAUGCCGAAGGAGGAGACCUUUAGAAAGUAGUCAUAAAUAAGCUAUUUAGUUACUAAAAGAUUAUAAGGAGAGAAGAAAAUUUAUGUAAGAGGAAACCAUUUGGGAGAUGAGCAGGGAACUUAGUUCUGCAUUGUAGCAUCUGCAUGAAAACAACAUCAUUCACAGGGAUAUUAAAACACUCAACGUAUUUCUUACAAAAGAUAAACAUGUGAAAUUGGGAGAUUUGGGAGUAUCCAAAAUAUUCAAUUCAGACACAGCACUCUAAGGCACUCGAGUGGGCACUCCUUUAUAUUUGUCUCCAGAACUUGUUUAACAUUAGCCCUAUGAUUAUAAGGUAGAUAUCUGGGCUUUAGGAUGUGUAGUAUUUUAUAUGGCAGCAUUGGAACCACCAUUUUAGGGAGAAAAUUUGAUUGCAUUGGGAUAUAGUAUAGUUAAUAGAGCACCUAAAGCAUUACCUCCUUAAUACUCAACAAGUAUAAAUUGUUUAAGUAAAUUAUGAAAGGACUAAGCCAGUUCAUUUGGAAAUUGCUUGAGAAGAUUCCAGCAUUGAGACCUAGUAUAUAAGAAGUUAAUACAAUAUAUUUCCAAUAAAGAAGUCAGCCAUAAAGAAUUUCAUAGUAGAUUUUUAUUAUUAAUAUAGACAACUUGAUGAUAUAUUACCUUAAGUGUAAUAUCAAUAGCACUAAUAAUAAAGACCAUAAACUUCAAAUCCAAAAUCAUAUGCUAUGUAAGCCUAGGAAACUGAAAAGAUGAAGAAAACAAGGAAACCAUAAUAGUAAGACUUAAUUAGUAAUGGAUCUGAUACUAUUUAUAUGGGAGAUGUUAUUGAUGUAACCUAGAAAUAGGUAGAGAAUGAGCAAAUAUCAAGAGCUUAAUAAUAUUAGUAGUUAUUAAAAGAUCAACAGGAGAAAUUAGAGAAGGAAAGACUUGAAAGAGAGAGGAUAGAUAGAGAGAGAUAAGAGAGAAUGGAUAAAGAGAGAUAGGAGAGAUUGGAGAAGGAGAAAUAAGAAAGAUUGGAAAGGUAAGAGAGAAUAGAAAGAGAGAGAAUUUUGAGAUUAGAGAAGGAGAGAUAAUAAAAAGAAUAAUAGGAAUAAGAAAGAUUAAAGUAAUUAGAAUAAUAAUAAUAAUAAUAAUAAUAAUAAUAAUAAUAAUAAUAAUAAUAAUAAUAAUAAGUCUUAAAGAUUCAAUCUAAUCAUGUUGAACUUUAUAUAUAAGAUAUUGAUGAUAAAUAAUUUCAAGAAGAAAGAAAGAAUUCAUUUUCAUUAGAAUAAGCACCUAAAUUUAAAUUAGAAAUUAAACAUAGUAAACCAUAAAAUACUUAUAAAUCUAAUGUUUAAAUUAGACCUUUAUCAGCAUAAGCAAGAGGGUCAUCAAUUGCAAAUAUAUCUUGUAGGGCUAAACUAAUUCCUGUUCAGUAAAAUUAAUCAGUUAAAGAAGUCAAAAAAUUCACAAUCUUAGAUUUGAAUCCAAAUUCAACUUAACCAUCUUUACAUUAAGAUAUGCCUAUAUAACAGGAACCUUAUAUUAAGUAUCCCAAUACUAAUGGUGGUUAAAAUACUGUUAUUAAUAAUGUGAAUAAUAUCGUAAAUAAUUAACCAAAUAAAACAAAAGAAAAUAUUCGUAUAAAAAGUGCACUUAUUUAAUAAUACUCAAAUAAAAGAUAACAAUAAGAUCAAUAAUCAAAUUAAAUUGUGAAACAUUAUACGUUAAAAGAUUUGGUAGAAUCAUGA